AUGUCGAAACAAGAUAACAAGGAGUUGAACCCUUAUAUACCAAAAUAUAUCAUCUCCAAACCAUGGUAUAAUGAAAAGGAAGCUGCUUCCACUGAUCCAUCCGAAGGUCAAACGGACUACCUUUCCCAUCAAAGAAAGACAUCGGAAAUUGUUGAUCAUAGCUUGCCACAAGUUGGCCAAGGGAUCAAUGAUGAAAGGCAAAACGGUGUACGAAAUGCAUCAAAUGAUGAGAAUUAUGAUACCAAAAGAGAUCGAUGGUUUGGUUACUCGACUGAAGAAUGGCUAGCUAAAGUAAAGAAUUGGAAUGAGAAGAACGACGUUAAAGUCAUCAAUGCUCGACACAAAAUAGAUGAUGAUAAUGAUGACUCCGAUGACACUGAUUAUGAGUUGGAGCUAAAUGAAUUAGGACUAGAUAAGAAAGAUGUCAUGCAAAAUAUCAAAGAAGAUCCCAUGGAAAAGAUGUUGCGUGAUCGUCAAGAUGUUCCAGCAUACAUCCACAACAUCACUUCAAGAUUGGAUGCCAAGAUACGAAUUGAGUAUGAUCCUAAAUCGCGACUUGCUAAAGACCCAACAAAAGGGAUCUUGAAUGAUAAGAAUCAGUUUGUCAAGAAAUUGGAAGGUGAUGCUAAGGAUUUGAAAACAUUGCAAGCUUUUGCUUGGGAUUUGAACAAAAAAAAUGAACAACAGAGGUUAAUGAGCCAAGUUGAAGGGGCUGGUGCUGGUGCUGGUGCCAUUGAUGAGACGGGUGCUAAUGUGAAUGUGACUGAUGUGAAUGAUAGUCUUGAAGCCAAUCCAACGUUGAUGCUAAUGAGGGAAAGGGAACAGAAGGAAGCGGCAAAACAAAAGUCGAUUGCUAAACAAAGAAAACUUUUUGAGAUGUAUGGAGGUGGCGACGAAGAAACAAGCAUAAAAAGUCGAAACUCAUCAGAUGGGAAGUGA